AUGGCUGCUGGCAUGGAGUUAUGGAUGUAUGCAUGGACUAGUAGAUAUUGGCAGGGAUAUGGUAUUGUGGGUAGUGAUAUGAGGGGAUGGAGUGGUGAAGUGGAUAAUGAAAGUGGUGGUGAUACAUACAUAACCUGA